CCAAGACAUGACGAUCAGAGGGCUUCCAGGCCGGCGCUGUGCUGCUGAGCAGCAUGCAGUCCUUUCGGGAGCAAAGUAGUUACCACGGCAGCCAGCAGAGCUUCCCGCAGGAAGUGCACGGCUCAUCCCGCCUGGAGGAGUUCAGCCCCCGCCAGCAGGCCCAGAUGUUCCAGAGCUUCGGAGGAAGUGCCGCCAGUGGACGUCGCGGAGCAGCAGGAGCCUCUACAGCGAUGCCUGGUGAGAGCUCUGGCCAUCAGAGCUACCAAGGUUUCAGAAAAGAAGCAGGAGAGUUUUACUAUAUGGCUGCCAACAAAGAUCCAGUGGCCUCAGGAGGGCAGCAGCCGCCUCAGCGCAGGCCUUCCGGACCGGUACAGAGCUAUGGGCCCCCUCAAGGGAGUAGCUUUGGGAGUCAGUAUGGGAGCGAGGGACACGUGGGCCAGUUUCAAGCGCAGCACUCCAGCCUCGGGGGUGUAUCCCACUACCAGCAGGAUUACACUGGCCCUUUCUCUCCGGGGAGUGCCCAGUACCAGCAGCCGGCCUCUAGCCAGCAGCAGCAGGUGCAGCAGCUGAGGCAGCAGAUCUAUCAGUCGCACCAGCCUCUGCCCCAGGCUUCCAGCCAGUCUGCUUCCAGCACCUCGCACCUGCAGCCCAUGCAGCGGCCGUCCACCCUGCCUUCCUCGGCUUCUGGCUACCAGUUACGAGUGGGGCAGUUCGGCCAACACUAUCAGCCCACUUCGUCCUCCUCCUCCUCCUCUUUCCCUUCCCCGCAGCGUUUUGGCCAGGCGGGACAGAACUACGACGGCAGUUACAGUGUGAAUUCGGGAUCGCAGUACGAAGGCCACGCGGUGGGUUCCAACGCGCAGGCGUACGGGGCCCAGUCCAACUACAGCUUUCAGGCACAGCCGAUGAAAAGCUUUGAGCAGUCAAAGCUCCCCCAGAGUGGACAGCUGGGGCAGCAGCAGCAGCAACAGCAGCAGCAGCACCCGCCUCAGCAGGUAAUGCAGUACUCAAAUGCUGCCACCAAGCUCUCUCUUCAGAGUCAAGUGGGACAGUACAGCCAAGCUGAAGUUCCUGUAAGAUCACCAAUGCAGUUCCACCAGAACUUCAGUCCAAUUUCUAACCCAUCUCCUGCUGCAUCUGUAGUUCAGUCUCCAAGUUGCAGCUCUACCCCUUCUCCUCUCAUGCCCGGUGGAGAAAAUCUCCAGUGUGGGCAAGGCAACAUGUCUAUGGGUUCCAGAAACCGAAUCCUGCAGAUGAUGCCCCAGCUUAGCCCCACACCAUCUAUGAUGCCAAGCCCCAAUGCUCAUGCAGGGGGAUUCAAGGGCUUUGGGCUGGAAGGACUGCAGGAGAAACGGCUCACRGACCCAGGGCUGAGCAGCUUAAGCGCUCUAAGCUCUCAGGUGGCCAAUCUGCCCAACACUGUCCAGCACAUGUUGCUCUCGGAUGCCUUGGCUCCUCAGAAAAAAGGUUCCAAAAGGUCGUCCUCUUCAAAGAAGGCCGACAGCUGCACAAACUCGGAGGGCUCCUCCCAGGCAGAGGAGCAGCUAAAGUCUCCCUUGGCAGAGUCCCUCGAUGGUGGCUGUUCCAGCAGUUCAGAGGAUCACGGGGAGCGGGUGAGGCAGCUGAGUGGCCAGAGCACCAGCUCAGACACCACCUACAAAGGGGGUAACUUAGAGAGACCCAACUCCUCACCAGCAGCACAAGGCUCUCAGAACGAGCCAUCAAAGCUCAGCACCAGCCCUGCAGCUAGGGAAGAUGCCGCCUCCCCUGAUGGGAAGGAAGCUGUGGUAGCAGUGGAAGCCACUCCAAAAGUGAACGAAAAGGCAGUUGGGGUGAUCGUCUCUCGGGAAGCCAUGGCGGGAAGGGUAGAAAAGUCAGGUGGGCAAGAUAAACCUGCACAAGAUGAUGUUUCCACAGCCACCCAGGCACCAGCUAGUGCUAGUGCAGCGAAAGAAGCUGGGCACACGGGGCCACAGACAGAAGCUCAAGGAGGGAGUAAAGGGAGCAAAAGUGGAGAUAACACUAACCAUAAUGGAGAGGGGAACAGCCAACCUGGCCACACAGCUGUUGGGUCAAAUUUUCCUGUGAGAACAGAACCUUCCAAGUCUCCUGGCAGUUUGAGAUACAGUUAUAAGGAUAAUAUAGCAGCUGGUUUACAGAGAAACAUAGGUGGCUUUCCACAGUACCCUUCUGGUCAAGAAAAGGGGGAUUUUCCAGGGCACAGUGAGCGCAAAGGCCGGAAUGAGAAGUUUCCCAGCCUCCUGCAGGAGGUCUUACAGGGUUAUCACCAUCAUCCGGACCGACGUUAUUCUAGGAAUGCACAGGAACAUGCUGGGAUGGCUGGGAGUCUGGAGGGAGCGAUGAGGCCCAACAUCUUAAUUAGCCAAACCAAUGAGUUGGCCAAUAGGAGCCUCCUAAACAAAAGCAUGGGGUCUCUCCUCGAAGGCCCUCACUGGGGUCCCUGGGAUAGGAAAUCAAGCGGUGCAGCUCCUGACAUGAAGCAGCUCAAUCUAGCCGAUUACCCCCUCGCUAGAAAGUUUGAGGUAGAGUCUCAGUCUUCUGCCCACGAAGGGGGAACACUCUCGGAGCGGAGAUCGGUGAUCUGUGACAUAUCUCCAUUGAGACAACUUGUCAGAGAUCCUGGCGCCCACCCAAUGGGCCACUUAGGUCCUGAUGGCAGAGGUGGGCGGAGUGAACGUCUCGCUCCUGGGCUAAGCCAGUCGGUAAUCCUCCCUGGCGGUUUAAUGUCCAUGGAAGCAAAGAUGAAGGCUCACAGUGGGCAAAUCAAAGAAGAAGAUUUUGAGCAGGCCAAGGCCUCAGCUAGCCUCAAUAAUAAGAAAACAGGAGACCAUUGUCAUCCUGCGGGCAUCAAGCACGAGUCUUUCCGAGGCAAUGCUAGCCCUGGAGCGGCGGUCUCUGAUUCCGCUCCGGACUACAUUCCCCAGCAGGACAGCCGAGCGCCGCCGAUGAGACGAGCCGCUGGCAGAGCGGGAAGCAGCAGGGGUAAAUCGCCUUCUCAAUUUCACGAUCUUGCAGAUAAGCUGAAAAUGUCUCCAGGCAGAAGCCGAGGCCCCGGAGCAGACCUGCACCACAUGAACCCACACAUGACGCUAGCAGAAAGAGUUAACAGGGGCUCCUUGCAUUCUGCUUACUCCCAGAAUUCAGAAGGCUCCUCUUUGGCGUAUCACGCGAAUGCCAGGCCUCACGCUUUUGGUGACCCUAACCAGGGUUUAAAUUCCCAGUACCAUUACAAGAGGCAGAUAUACCAGCAACAGCAAGAAGAAUACAAAGAUUGGGCCAGCAGCGCUGCUCAGGGUGUGAUUGCUGCAGCUCAGCACAGACAGGAAGGGGCAAGGAAGAGCCCAAGGCAGCAGCAGUUUCUGGAAAGAGUGAGGAGCCCCUUGAAGAACGACAAGGACGGAAUGAUGUACCUUCAAGGCAGCUCCUACCAUGAUACUGGAAGCCAGGAAGCUGGCCGCUGCGUUAUGGGGAGCGAUGGUGCUCAGAGCAAAUGCGCCGAACUGAAACACGGCCACCAGAAGAUGCAGCAUGAAUCUGGUUGGGACCUCUCCCGGCAAACCUCUCCUGCCAAAAGCGGUGGCCCUCUUGGAGUAGGCAACCAGAAAAGGUUUUGCCCUCCGGACAGCGACGGACAUAGACGAGAGGAAUCUACAGACUUGCCCAAGCCUAGCAAUGCCAUGCUCAGGCUCCCUGGCCAGGAGGACCAGUCUCCUCAGAAUCCGUUAAUUAUGAGGCGGAGAGUCCGCUCUUUCAUCUCGCCCAUCCCUACCAAAAGACAGCCGCAGGACAUGAGGAACAGCGGCCCUGAAGAUAGAGGGCGACUGAUGGCUUCAGCGAAAGAAGCGACUGAUAAAACCUACAACUCCUACGCCCAUUCAUCUCAGAGCCAAAAUGUUGGCAAGCCAGUUGCAAAGGGAGAUUCCUUCAAGGACCUGCCAAGUCCUGACAGUAGGAAUUGCCCUGCUGUUUCCCUUACAAGCCCGGCUAAGACCAAAAUACUGCCCCCACGAAAGGGGCGAGGAUUAAAACUGGAAGCUAUUGUUCAAAAAAUUACCUCUCCCAACAUUAGGAGAAGUGUUUCCACCAACAGUGCGGACACCGGUGCAGAUACUGUCACUCUGGAUGACAUUCUGUCCCUUAAGAGCGGACCCGAAGGAGGAAGCGUGGCUGGGCACGGGCCAGAGGCUGAGAAAAGAAAAGGAGAGAUGCUCUCAGAUCAAGUAGGGCCAGCAAGCCAGGGCUUGGGCGGUGAAAUAACCCUGCCCAGAUCUUCAGAAGAGUGGCCAAGCAAUGAGGAUGAGAAAGCCAAGAAAGAAAGCCCUGAAACUGCCACCGUUAGUAAAGAAGGAGCAGGAUCUGGAGGAGCACUGCCACCCUCUCAGAAGUCAGGUGGUCAGGGACGGUCUGAUGGAUCUGUAAGCGGGGCUGGAACCGUGACCUUUCCCGACUCCAAAACAGUCUCCCCUUCUGGUGCGUUUGCUUCUGAACCAAACCCAAAGCCUGAGGAGAAAGAGGGAGACGUGACAAACAUUUCACCCAAGCCRGACGGUUUCCCUCCAAAGGGGUAUUUUCCCUCUGGGAAGAAAAAGGGGAGGCCGAUCGGGAGCGUUAACAAGCAGAAGAAGCAGCAGCAGCCGCAGCUGCCGCCGCCGCCGCCGGUGGCCGCGCAGUCGGCSGAGGGGCCGGUCGGAGGCGAGCCCAAGCCCAAGCGGCAGCGGAGGGAGAGGCGGAAACCUGCCGCGCAGCCGCGGAAGCGGAAGCCCAGGCGGGCCGCCCCCAUCGUGGAGCCUCAAGAGCCAGAGAUUAAGCUGAAAUACGCUACACAGGCGGCCGAUAAAACGGACACCAAGAAUAAGUCCUUUUUCCCUUACAUUCAYGUGGUGAACAAGUGCGAAUUGGGCGCUGUGUGCACAAUCAUUAACGCGGAGGAAGAGGAGCAGAACAAACUGGCGAGGGGGCGGAAGGGACAGAGAGCUUCAACGCCCCCUCCUAGCAAUGUGGAGAGCAAAGUGCUGCCCACCUCGACUUUCAUGCUGCAGGGCCCCGUAGUCACAGAGUCUUCUGUCCUGGGGCAUCUCGUGUGCUGCCUGUGUGGCAAGUGGGCCAGCUACCGUAACAUGGGUGACCUCUUUGGUCCUUUCUACCCCCAGGAUUACGCAGCCACCUUGCCCAAGAACCCGCCUCCAAAGAGGGCCACGGAAAUGCAGAGCAAGGUCAAGGUACGGCACAAAAGUGCUUCUAAUGGUUCCAAGACGGAUACGGAAGAGGAGGAGGAACAGCAACAGCAGAAGGAACAACGAAGCCUCGCUGCUCAUCCCCGCUUUAAGAGGCGGCACCGCUCCGAGGACUGUAGCGGAGCGGCUCGGUCGCUAUCAAGGGGAGCUUCUUGUAAAAAAGCAACCGCUGAGGGUGGCAGCGGUGGUGAAAAGACUCCUUUGGACUCGAAACCCUCUAUGCCCACUUCGGAAGGUGGCGCCGAGCUGGAGUUACAAAUUCCUGAACUACCUCUUGACAGCAAUGAAUUUUGGGUCCACGAGGGUUGUAUUCUCUGGGCCAAUGGGAUCUACCUGGUCUGUGGCAGGCUCUAUGGGCUGCAGGAAGCUGUGGAAAUCGCAAGAGAAAUGAAAUGUUCCCAUUGCCAGGAACCAGGAGCCACCUUAGGCUGCUACAACAAAGGCUGCUCCUUCCGAUACCAUUACCCAUGUGCCAUCGAUGCAGAUUGUUUACUAAAUGAAGAGAAUUUCUCAGUGAGGUGCCCCAAGCACAAGAACAAGAUGGUGAAAGGCAGCCUCAGCACAGAGCAGUCGGAGCGGGGGUGAGGGGGGAAGUGUUCUCCUGGGAAUGGAAAUAUAAGCAAGCACAGGUGAGGCUGUUGAGAUAAAGCGCGGAGGACAUUCCCGCCGAGCGGAAUCUCCGCCGCCGCGCAGCCAUGCCCCCUCGCGACGUGCCUGCCGAUGCCAGCACUUCCUUCAUCAACUCGUCCAUCACACCCCAGACUGAGGACAUCGCCGGAUCUGACCAAGGAGUCCGAACCAGCUGUUUCCAUGGACACAAUCUCCAUAGUGACAGUGGGGAGGGGAGGGGGAAAAAAAAAAGGAAACAGGUGGGGGGAAUUAAAGAGGGAGGGAUAAAUAUAUAUAUAUAUAAAGAUCUAUUUUUUAGUCUUGAAAGACUUUGUUUUAAAUGAAAGGUGCGCUAUCCCUUUUGAUGCUUUUGAUUAAAAUGACAAAAACCCAGUUAAAUUUAGAACUCUGUAGUUAAAGUAAAUAUUAAGUGCAGAAUCARAAGAAGGCUCUUGGAGCCUCACAUUUUGUUGGCAAGAGCAGUGGAACUAGGAGUAUUGCACCCUGGAUUUGUCUCCCUUCCUCUUGCUUGCUUUGUAUCCACGCUCAAGCAAGUUCCAUUUUAAAAGGCAAACUCACGCACGUUGAGUGUCAGGUGGGAGGAAGGCAGGGCCACAACGACAGGCGUUUGUGAGAAACGCUCUUUCUUAAUAGCGGGAGCUUGAAAACCACCUAAAUACUCCUAGAUCCAUCACUGAUGAAGGGAGAGAUCCCUGCCGCUUGCCAAGCUCACACCCAAACGUUGACCUUCCUCACACGGGAGCUUCCCUUCCACCUGGGGGCCAAAAAGGAGUUUCUGCCCCUUGUUGCAACCAAGUACGGCCCCAAAACGCCCCACGAAGUUGCCUUCAGUUUCGAAGGCAGGUGGGAGGAGGACGACACUGGGUCUUUCUCCCUGCCAGAUCGGGGGACACGAGAGGAGGUCUGAAUGUUGCUCGAAUCAGUGUGUUGAACCUGCCCGGGAAAACACAGUUACCCGGCUUCGUUUUCUGUUC